AUGGUCACAACGAACAUAGGGUUCAUAAUUGUUUUGCUAUUUCUCCUAGUCUGCAUGCUGAACUACACAAAUCGCCUGAAUUUGUUGGCAACUCGCACAACCGGAAGAAUGGAUAGAAUAAGCGAACGAAUAUUAACUGAAGUUGAAGACUCGAUCACUCCUUUUUCUCUUUUCCUACACAGAGCAUAUAUAGAAAGCAGCUCCAAUCACUCGAAAAUUCGUCUUUUAUCAAUCAAUCGCUGCUUGGAUCCCGAUGCAUUUAUCGAUGGGUUCGUUGAUGGACAGCAGAUCGCAUUGAGAGCUGAACCGAUCGAAGGGACAUGUCCUUGGAUAUGGGCUCCUGGCUGUCUUUACAAUUCGUACGUCUUCGAUGGAACAUUGGAGGGCGAAGUGAAAAAUAACUACAUAACAUUUUCAAGAGCAAGGAAAAAAGUCGCGCUGCCUCUGGAAAGAGUACCUCAAAGAACGAAGGGAACGCUCACAUUCUGUGUACCACCAGUUUAUUGGUUCACAAACUGGACGAAGAUGAUUUUUGCGUUGGAGAUGUGGAAGGCACAGGGUGUGAAUCACGUUAUCGUGUAUUAUCAUUCGUCCAACGAGCAUGUAUACGACGUGCUCAGGCAUUACGAAAAAGAGGGUUUUGUCACUAUUGUUCGAUGGCCAUCACUGCCUCGAGAUGCAUUCUCUGAUCCAAAUCUCUCACUCUACCGCCUCGCCCACUCAUUGGCUCAGAACGACUGUGUCUUGCGUAUUGACACCGAAUUUGGAGCUGUCAUCGAUAUCGAUGAGGUCAUUUUUCCUAGAAGUGGCUCACUCUUGACGUUAGUAAGGAAUCUAUUUCUGGACCAUCCAUCUGCGGGUGCACUGUCGUUCUCACAUCGUAGCCUCAUCUUCGAACCACCUAUGGCGGGACAGAACUUCACGUUCGAGAAGCUAGACUUCUCUGGUAUAAGGAAUGCCACUGAAUUCAAGCUGCAGGGUCCACCUAAGGUCAUAUUUCGAACAGAAACUGUGGAUUUAUUGUCGACACAUGAUGUGAGGAUUUACAAGUCGCAUGUAACCACAUUCAAGGUACCAGUAGAAGACGCUGUUCUUCUGCAUCAUCGAUACAACCAUGUCGGUGGUGAAAACCCUCAAAGGGUUGACUUACUCUCAUCGAAGGCUGAUCUCGAUACUUUUCAAGAGUUCCUUAGCUACAAAGCUUGCACGGUCUUUCCCAAUGGAGCCGAUUUUCACUUCGAGACUCAAAGAGCGCUCGGCAUGUGCUUGAAAUCGUGGCGUAAGGAUCAACAUCAGUGUAAGACCCCGUUGCCAAGCUAUUUUAUAGGGAAGACUACGUCAGAGGAUUAUCGCUAUCUCCAGCUAGUCGAUGAAUUCCUAUCUACCUUUCGUCUUUACGGGUCAUCAUUUUUUAGCAUGAUCUAG